AUGGCUAAUUCAACUUACAAGCCAACAGGCGCCAUGCCAUGUCUUUAUGGGGAAAUACCUCCCUUCACUCGUGCCAAUGGCGGGGCGUGGCAUUUGGCCGGCAAGCUAUCGCCGUCCCUCGCCGGCCUCGCCUUCCUCAAUGACCUCGACCUCUCUUCCAAUGCUUUCUAUGGCCCCAUUCCGCGAGAGCUCAAGAAUCUCUCCAACCUCAACUAUCUCGAUCUCCGCAGCAACGUACUUCAAGGGGACAUCCCUCGCGACCUGGGCUCCUCCCUCUCAAGACUCCAUGCCAUCCCUGCUUCUAUUGGAAGCCUUGGUAGCCUCACCAUACUCUUUCUGUUUUCCAAUAAUCUCACCGGGUCCAUCAUUCCUAAAAGUUUGGGGCUGCUGCACAAUUUAGAUGCAUUGAUUCUGAGGAACAAUAAGCUUGAAGCAAAGAAUGCUGCCGAGUGGCUCUUCUUGGAUGGCUUGACCAAUUGCACCCGACUUAGAGUGCUAAUCUUAGAGAACAAUUAUUUAGGUGGAGCUUUGCCAAAAUCAGUAGCUAAUUUGUCCAAAUUCCUGGUUACUUUGAGCCUUAGUGAUAAUUACAUAACCGGAUGCAUUCCGGCAGAGAUUGGAAGGCUUGUUAACUUGUCAAGAGUUGAUAUGUCGUCCAGCCUUCUAGGUGGUGCCAUUCCUGCAUCACUUGGAAAUCUGGUCAAGUUGGUAGAAAUAGACCUGAGCAGAAACUUACUUGCUGGAGAAAUACCUGGAUCAGUGGGCAAUAUUACUGGACUAACCUCUCUUAUUCUGGCCUCCAAUAAGCUGAAUGGUUCCGUCGACUGGAGCAGUGCCCAAAGAGAUUCACUCAAUUUCUUCUCUCUUCAUAAUUCUCAAUGUUUCACACAACUUGCUAAAGGACCGUUGCCUCCAGAAAUUGGAUACUUGAUCAACCUCCAAACUGUUGAUGUCUCCUACAAUCAACUCACUAGUGGUAUUCCCGCCACCAUUGUUCAAUCAACAAUUUUGUCUGGAAAUGUGCCAGAUUUUCUUGGAAGCUUUAACAUGACUUAUCUUAACCUCUCCUUCAAUGAUUUACAGGGCAAGCUGCCAAAACAUGGAAUAUUUAGUAAUCUUAUUGCAUUCUCUGUGGUAGGAAACAAAGACCUCUGUGGUGGUAUUCCAGAGCUUGGUUUGGCACCAUGCCCUAUUGAGAAGAAACAUCUACAUUCGAAGCUCGUCGUAGCUAUUUUGAUUUCUGGAGGAAUCUUGUGUAUCAUCUUUCUCAUUAGCUUCUUUGUUGCUCACCAUAAGCAGAGGAGGUCUUCUUCUUUCAACUCAGACAUCAAAGGAUCAUAUAGGAAGGUCUCUUUUGCUGAGCUUCAUGCAGCAACAGAUGGAUUCACACCUGCUAAUUUGGUUGGGAAAGGUAGCUUUGGAUCUGUUUAUAAAGGUUUAGUGGAUUGGGAGGAGAAUAAGGAAGUGGCAGUGAAGGUAUUUAACUUGAAGCAAAAGGGGGCUUUAAGAAGCUUCACAACAGAAUGUGAAGCUUUGAGAAGUAUCAGACAUCGGAAUGCCGUCAAGGUUUUAACAGCGUGUUCAAGUGUAGAUUUCCAAGGGAAUGACUUCAAAGCUCUAGUGUUUGAAUUCAUACCUAACGGAAGCCUGGGCAAGUGGCUCCAUCCUGAAGUAGAUGAGCAAAGCGCACUGCGAAUGCUAAGCUUCAGCCAAAGAUUGAAUAUAUCCAUUGAUAUUGCUAACGUGCUGGAGUAUCUUCACUUCCAUGAUCCAACCCCUGUCGUCCACUGUGGUCUUAAGCCAGCCAAUGUUCUCCUUGACCACAACAUGGUGGCACACAUUGGUGACUUUGGAUUAACAAGGUUUCAUAGUGCAACUGCUGAAACAAGGGCUGAGACAUUCACAAGUUCACUCAUCCUAAAAGGAACCAUCGGCUAUGCUGCUCCAGAGUAUGGAUUGACCAAUAAAGUUUCUGUCCAAGGGGAUGUGUACAGUUAUGGGAUACUUCUGCUGGAGAUGUUUUCCGGAAAGAAGCCAAUUGAUGAAGCCUUCGCCGAAGGUUUGAACCUUCAUAAAUAUGUCGAGUUGGCACUUCCCGAACAAGUUGUCAAGAUUAUGGAUCCCAUGCUAUUACUUGAGUGGAAAGGAGAAACACAUCGCAUUGAUUCAUCAACAAAGGAAUUCAGAAUGAAAGCAAUAGAGAGGGUUACUUCAGUGCUUAAGAGUUGGCGUUUUGUGUUCAAUGGAGUCGCCAGAAGAGCGAAUGAAGAUGGAAGAUGUGGUCAGAGAGCUUCACACCAUCAGGGAUGUAUUUCUUGGGUUCUCUUUGGUAUGACGGAUAGUAAGAACGUGCCUAUCACCAAAGUGGGAUUUCCUGGAGAUAGCUUCUUUUAUUGA